AUGCCAUUACCCAACCCUGUAUCUUCUAAGUAUAUGCCAUUACCCAACCCUGUAUCUUCUAAGUAUAUGUCAUUACUCAACCCUGUAUCUUCUAAGUAUAUGCCAUUACCCAACCCUGUAUCUUCUAAGUAUAUGCCAUUACCCAACCCUGUAUCUUCUAAGUAUAUGUCAUUACUCAACCCUGUAUCUUCUAAGUAUAUGCCAUUACCCAACCCUGUAUUUUCUAAGUAUAUGUCAUUACCCAACCCUGUAUCUUCUAAGUAUAUGCCAUUACCCAACCCUGUAUCUUCUAAGUAUAUGCCAUUACCCAACCCUGUAUCUUCUAAGUAUAUGUCAUUACCCAACCCUGUAUCUUCUAAGUAUAUGCCAUUACCCAACCCUGUAUCUUCUAAGUAUAUGCCAUUACCCAACCCUGUAUCUUCUAAGUAUAUGUCAUUACUCAACCCUGUAUCUUCUAAGUAUAUGUCAUUACUCAACCCUGUAUCUUCUAAGUAUAUGCCAUUACCCAACCCUGUAUCUUCUAAUUAUAUGCCAUUACCCAACCCUGUAUCUUCUAAGUAUAUGCCAUUACCCAACCCUGUAUCUUCUAAGUAUAUGCCAUUACCCAACCCUGUAUCUUCUAAGUAUAUGCCAUUACCCAACCCUGUAUCUUCUAAGUAUAUGUCAUUACCCAACCCUGUAUUUUCUAAGUAUAUGUCAUUACCCAACCCUGUAUCUUCUAAGUAUAUGCCAUUACCCAACCCUGUAUCUUCUAAGUAUAUGCCAUUACCCAACCCUGUAUCUUCUAAGUAUAUGCCAUUACCCAACCCUGUAUCUUCUAAGUAUAUGCCAUUACCCAACCCUGUAUCUUCUAAGUAUAUGCCAUUACCCAACCCUGUAUCUUCUAAGUAUAUGUCAUUACCCAACCCUGUAUCUUCUAAGUAUAUGUCAUUACCCAACCCUGUAUCUACUAAGUAUAUGUCAUUACCCAACCAUGUAUCUACUAAGUGA